AAAUUGUYGUGAAUUGUUUUCAAUUUCACGUGGUCCAAACAUGAAACUUCCGCCAUCUAAGCUCCUCCCAGUCCGUCAAUCAAGUCUGCCAAACUCAAGAUAUAAGAUGACACAAACCCAGAUGAAAUUAUUUUGCGAUAAUAUAUCCAGCUAACCUACAAAGAGUAAUUUCUACAGACAGACGUCAGCAUUGAGACCUAUCGAGUUCCAGUUUGUUAUCCUGGUGAAGGAAGGAUGGAAGAGUUACUAAGAGACUUUUUUAACGAUCCAAGCACUGAAAGAUAUAUCAUGUCCAAUUGUGAAUGCGAUGAAGAAUUGAAGCCUUAUCAAGUUGCAAAACGUGAGCAAGAAAUAUACUCCUCGUGCUGUUAUAGCAACUCACCAUGGCAACCAGUGCCACGCAACCCGUUGGCCCAGUACCGUGACGCGACAUAUGGMCAAGGAGAGGAAAGAGUAUACUUUCUCAACCUAAGAAACGUUUACGAAAAAGUACAAUGUCGAAAGAACAAGCACUCUAAGCAACGAGUAACGGGAGCKGUGAUUGAUAUGAUGGUGACAUACUGCGCACAAAUACAACAUAUCGAGGUGUACGCUGAGAGACUCCCUGAGGCAGCAAAGCUUUGUGGAGACCAUAAUGGACAGGUGCCACUCAAACCCAGAAUGGACAAUCUCAUGCUAACAGAUGAUUAUCAGAGUCACCAAUAUUUCUCAGUUGAUUUGGACUCAGUGUACGAAAGUCCUGACACUGGUUGUCCUGUCUACAAAUUGUCAACAGUUGACUCAGAACGAAGGAAUCGAUUCCGUUUAGUUGUGUACAUCGUGUUUCUUGAUGGGACGAGAAGUCGGCCUACCUACAGUAUGUCUUUCUUAUUAAGAAGCAAACGAAGCACAAGAUGUUCGCCUUAUUGAGUCUGUUCGUCAGUAUUCAUAACAUCAACGUUUUCUUGGUGUUUUCGGUCCAUACACCUGUACGGGUUUUAUUUCUAUCCCGUUAGACAAAACUCUUCGUAAAAACGCAAAAAAGACAAAAUACAAACACGAAGUCAUGAUAAUGACAUUAUUUCUAAAGUUAUGUUUUUUAAAAAACAACAACGAAAAAGCUAUUUAUACAUAUACCAUAUACGUUGAUAUAUUUGAAGGGAAAUAGUUGUACAUAUCACAUAAAUCAGUGUAUAUUUGCUAAGUUUAGAGUAUUGUACGUCGUGCAACAAACCCUAAAGUCAAUUUUUAAGAUAAAGUAUGAAAGGAUUUUUUCAAUAAAGUUUAUAAAAGUAA